UCGUCUCCACAUUUAAGUCGGCUAUACGGUCAGAUAAAUGUAGGAUGCUGAAAAUCGCUCUGCGCGUCAGAGGACGAGAGGAGGGUCUGUUUGCGCGCUCCCGUGCGUGCCCACCUCCUGUUUGGCAUCCGAUCCUAGCCUGGUCUAUUCGCUGACUCAGUGCCUUAAGCAGCAUCACCGCUCACCUGAACAGAGCUACAGCAUCCUCUGCGGAGAAAUACAUCAGCCAUGGCCAAAACAGCAACCGCAUAUAAAGAGAAGAUGAAGGAGCUCUCCGUCCUCUCCCUCAUCUGCUCCUGCUUCUACCCAGAGUCACGCAACAAGCUUGUGUGUGAGUUUGAAGACAUGGAGGUGAAAGCUAUAAACAAGCGAUCCUCUGGCCAGGCCUUUGAGGUGAUUCUUAAGCCUCUGUCUCCAGUAUCAGAUGUAACCCACAGCCUCCCCUCACCCCCCAAGAGAGAUAUCUCCUUGGAGGACAUUGAGAAGAAACUGGAGGCUGCUGAAGACCGGAGGAAGUUUCAGGAGGCCCAGGUGCUGAGGGCUUUGGCAGAAAAGCGAGACCAUGAGAGGGACGUGUUGCUAAAGGCCAUGGAGGAGAACAGCAACUUCAGUAAGAUGGCUGAGGAGAAGCUCCAGAUGAAGAUGGAGCAGAUCAAGGAGAACCGUGACGCCCAUCUGGCAGCCAUGAUUGAGCGUCUACAGGAGAAGGAGAGACAUGCAGCUUUGGUGCGCAAGAACAAAGAGCUGAGAGAAGAGCUGACAGCAUGAGCCUCACACAAGUCCUGACUUCCAUGGUCCAUCAACGUCCCUCCAUCCAGUCCCGCCCCGCCCUCACCCUCCUCUGAACAGACACCCAACCCUAGAGGCCGAGAGGUUCGAGGACCUCACCACCACAUCACAUCACAACACACCAAACCACACCACACCACCAGUACUCACCACUAUCAGUAUAAUCAGUGAAUACAAACAUCAAUAACACACAUCUUAAGAGUUGAAUGGAUUUGUUGAUUUUAGAAAAAAUGAGUGAGAUUAUGGCUAUUAUUUUGUAAAUACUUUUUUCUUAAAGUCUAUCUAUCUAUCUAUCUAUCUAUCUAUCUAUCUAUCUAUCUAUCUAUCUAUCUAUCUAUCUAUCUAUCUAUCUAUCUAUUUAUCUAUCUAUUAUCCAUCUAUCAUGGUAGGUGAAGUACAUACAAGGAUUGUACUGUACUGCACUGUACAAUUUCAAACAUUUUGUUUGUGAUUGAUUAACGUUUCAGUUCUUGAAAUUUGACUCUACAACCAUUUUCUUGUGAAAGCCGUCAGUGUUGUGAGUUGGCUGUAGACUGACAUUUGCAGUGUUUCCUGAUGAUGUCAUGAUGAUGAUGUUUCUGUGUCUUCGUAAAGAAUGAUGGUCGGUGUACUUACACCACAGGCUCCUUCCAGAUAUCAACGUAUCCCAUCUGUAUCUUCCUCAAGCACACCCACACAUUCUCAACACGCACGCUUGGAACUUAACAAUACGCCAAACUCUACAGAUCUAUCAAGUGUCCACCUCCUCUGAAAUGAGCUUGAUAAUGAACUUGAUAGGUGGUUUAUUGAUAUUAAGAAUGUCUUUGCCCAAAGAGGAGCAAAUGUUUAUACACUUGCAGAUUCCCUCUUACUCUGACAGCGCCAUUUCAUAAUGAUUCCAUCUUUAGCUAAAUCAGCAGCUCUGUUACAUACACAGUAUUUGAGCAUUAAGCUCUUGAAUGUUAUGACACCAUACUGGUACCAUGCAUAUUGUCUUGGACAGUGGAAUGUGCUGUUGCUCCCAUCUUAAUAUCGAUAAUGUGAACAUAACGUAUGUCUGUGUGGGUGUGUGUGAAUGCAAAUUUACCACAAGGCACCAUUAGCCUCUGCUCUCUUUAGGGGAUUAGAUAGAGAAUGAAUGCAGGAUGCUUUACAUUCAGCACACUGAACUAGUCUCUUUUUAAUAUACAGUACCACUGAUAUCUGCCUGCAUCCUCUGCUGCUUGUGUUUCUCCCUUCAUAUAUUUCUCUGUGAAAGCUUUGCUGAAUAAAGGUUUGAGGUUCUGUGAACAUGGCAUGCACCAUCUAAUACUUUUCUGUGCUAAUAGAGGAGGGAAAAUGUAAACUGCCAAAUAAAAAUCAGUUAUCUACACAUCCUGAGAA